GUUAUAAUGUUUCAAUUUACCAAUCUCUAUAGUAAGCAUGCCGCUACACAUUUAAGCACACAAUGGAAUACUGUGGGGAUAAAUAUGAGGGGGAAACUAGAAAUAAUAGAUUGGAAGGAUUUGGUAAAUAUACACUACCUACAGGAACGUACUAUGAAGGUGAAAUGUAUGAUGGCAUGUUCCAUGGGAAAGGAACUUUGCACUUCCAAAAUGGCAGUAAAUAUCAGGCCACCUGGGAAAGAGGGCAUCCCAAAAAUGGGGAAAUUAUAUAUGCUGAUGGCUUGAAAUAUAAGGAAGGUUCUCAUUAUUGUGAUGAGUUUGAUAGAAGAUUCUACACAGAAAUAUGUUUUGGAUUGAAACCUGCAGGUAGAUCGCAGCUAGUGGAUAAAGAGCCCCGCAAACAAAUACCACCAGGAUGCUACGACACAGGAGAUGGGUUCUACGAUCCUUUGACCAGAGUGGUGACGGACUACACUGGACGAUUUCUUCGCAAUGCUGGUAGGUCCCUUGCCUAAUUAAACAAUACACUAGAUGCUGAGGAGCAUAUAUGGAUUACUACCAAAUGCAGAAAAGCAUGGGAUGAGCAUGUGGGUGCUACGUAUGAUGCCGAAGUUAUCAGCCAUACAUCAAAGCCCUACUAACACUUAUAACCCAAGUUCAUGAUCCGAAGUAUAUUGAAACAAUCAACAUACCUUGCUUUCGAAUAUGUAAUAAAAAUUUACUUAGUCGUGUGAAAAAUUUAUUCAAGUGUUCUGUCUAUUUAUCUGAGGAAGUACGAACUGCGUGAGCUUGUUGCUCAUCCAUAGCGGUAACAACAGAAACCUGCAGGAAACUAUGUAAAGUAAAUAACAACUUACGAUCACAUUGUCCGAAUCUCCCUUCGAAUUCCAUUUCUCUUGAAUAUCUUUGCCAACUUCAUUAUCAGGAAGAGGUAUAUCUUCAAAUACACUGAAAUCAUCACCCAUAAGUGUCAAGAAUCCAUCCUUUAUAUCCAUCAAUUGGUAUUCUUUGCGUGUGAUGAUCGGUACAUUCAUAGUGUGGGAUGACGAGCAUAUCUCCUCAUACUUCUUGCUAGUGAAGAUGUCAAUUGCCACUAAGUGCACUUUUGCUGAGCCAUGCUUUCCAGUCUUUGAAGUUGUCAUUUCCACAAUUUUACAAGGGCGAUCCUUUAUAACGACGUAUCCACCUUUUCUCAAUGAGCUACAUUGUUUUGGCUCUGUCUUUGAAGCUCCAGACUCGCCAGUAACAAAAUCAUCAUCUUCGAAAGUGGCCAUAGUUAUGUAUUCGAGAAAUUAAUUACGUGGAUACGUAGGAUA